AUGGCUUCGCUCGAGAUUUUGAAAUCCUCGUUAUCUCUAUUUUCAGUGUCACAACCGAAUUCUCGCCGGAGAUCGAAUUAUUUCUGGUCGGAAUUCAAUUCUGAGGUCACCGCGAAGAGGAUUCUCAGGAUUCGAAGUCAUCGGAGCUCGGAAUUUUGGACGAACAAAAGGUUUACGGUUUGUUGUAAAGUUCAAGAUGGUGAAAGACAAAGCAAUGGUGAAGAACCUCCGGAGUCAUUGUUUAUGAAGGAAUUAAAGAAACGGGGUAUGAAUCCCUCCUCUUUACUCGAAGAAAGCAAUAGAAGCAUUUCCGCAGAUGAGAUAAAAGUUAAGGAAGAAGGUGGAGGUUUCUCAAGUAGAAAUGCAGUGUCAACAGACUUUGAAAGAAAUCUAUCUAAUCAAAGGGAGCUCUCCAUGGCAUUGAAUAGUGAAGGCCUUGAGGGUCUGAUUCCACGUGCUAAACUUCUGCUAACACUUGGGGGAACAUUCUUCUUGGGAUUUUGGCCAUUGAUCCUGAUAACAGUCUCGUUCUUCUCUGCUCUCUACCUUUAUUUUGGACCAAGUUUCAUUCAUGAUGGCAGUGAAAAGCCUGUGGCAUCACCCCAAUAUGUUGAUCCAUAUGCACUUUUGGAAGAUGAAAAGAUAUCACAAACAGCCCCUCAUCUGAAUUGAAGGACCACAAGUCCUCACGUAUGUCAGCUUCUUCAAACUUCAACUACAGUAUUUUGGACCACGCUUCAUUCAUGAUGCUAGCAAAAGACCCAAAGCAUCACCCCAAUAUAUUGAUCGAUAUGCACUUUUGGAAGAUGGAAGGAUAUCACAAACAACUCCUCGUCUGAAUUGAAGGACUAAAUUUCCUCAGGUAUGCCAGCUUGCGAACUUUCAAUUACAGGUCCUGUUGUGUUUAUUCCUUUGACCCAUUCUAUUCUAUCUGUAAAAACUUAUAAAACUUAAUCACCUAAUUGUUGUGAUCCAACUAUUAUGGUGAAUAUAAAAACUUCUAUUAGAAUCAGAUUUGUUAUCUUUACAACAUUUGUUCGUAUCUAUGGCAACAUCUUUAUGAAAAUCACCUUGA